CCGGCAGCGAGCGGGGCCGCGCCGGGAAGGUGCCUGCUGCCUCCGGCCCGUCGAGCUCGCAGCCUGCCCCGAAAGGAAAGCCGGAGUCAUGGGCCCCUCCGGCCCUUCUUUCCUCCCUCCCCCUGUCCGGAGCAGCAUUGCGCUGUCGCCGCCUGGAAACCCGGAGAGGCGAGAGCGGGGCGGCCCCGGUACCACGGCAAAGUAAUGGUUCUGUCAUUAGAUCAAAUUCCCCAACAACAACAUCUCAGAUCAUGGCCAGAAAGAAAAGAAGAGGGAUUAUAGAGAAAAGGCGCCGUGAUCGUAUAAAUAACAGUUUAUCAGAGCUGAGGCGGCUUGUGCCAACUGCUUUUGAAAAACAAGGAUCUGCCAAAUUAGAAAAAGCAGAAAUACUGCAAAUGACAGUGGAUCAUCUGAAGAUGCUGCAGGCAACAGGAGGGAAAGGUUAUUUUGACGCUCAUUCCCUGGCCAUGGAUUUCAUGAGCAUCGGCUUCCGGGAGUGCUUGACAGAAGUGGCGAGGUACCUGACUUCGGUGGAAGGUCUCGACACAUCCGACCCGCUGCGCGUCAGACUCGUGUCUCACCUGAGCACCUGUGCCUCUCAGAGGGAAGCUGCUGCCAUGACCUCGUCCAUGGCCCACCACCACCACGCCUUGCACCCUCACCACUGGGCAGCCGCCUUCCACCACCUGCCGGCCGCCCUGCUGCAGCCGAACGGACUCCACGCCUCGGACGCCGCGCCGUGCAGACUCUCCUCGGACGUGCCUCCGCACGGCUCCGCGCUGCUCACCGCCACCUUCGCCCACGCCGAUGCCGCCCUCAGAGUCCCCUCCGCCGGCAGCAUCGCUCCCUGUGUCCCUCCUCUCUCCACCUCCCUCUUGUCCCUGUCGGCCACCGUUCACGCCGCGGCAGCAGCGGCCACGGCUGCAGCGCAGAGCUUCCCGCUGUCCUUCACCGGCACCUUCCCCAUGCUCCCCCCCAGCGCGGCCGCCGCCGCCGUGGCUGCGGCCACCGCCAUCACCCCUCCGCUGGCCGUGUCAGCCGCCAGCCCGCAGCAGGCUGGCGCCGCGGGCGGCACCAAGCCCUACCGACCCUGGGGGACUGAAGUUGGAGCCUUUUAGAGUAAGUCUCCCCCCGCACACACCUCUUCCCCCUCCAGCCCCCUGCUGUCCCUCUCGGCGUGCAUGUGCUCACAGCCACGAGCCCACAUCCCCACAGCCGCACCGGGACCCGGUGCGCCUCACUGCAGGAGCCGGAGAGGACCUGGGGAGACACCUUCUUCUUCUUCUUCUUCUUCUUCUCCGUCUGUCUUGCUGGAGGCGCCUUGAGGGAGCACCAAUGGCUUUCAUAACAGUGCGAUCAUAUCGUCACAUAGAGGUUUCCUGCAAAAUACGUAGAAAUACGUAGAUAUUAGAACUAAUAGAUCUCCAGCUAUGCAUCCUUGUUUGGCAGAGAGGUGAGGGUUUGCAUCUACCAGGUCUCCCCAGGCUAGAAAAGGAGUUCCAGUUUCAUAAGUGCCUGACAUUGAAAAAAUAAUAAAUAAAUAUAUAUAUGUGUGUGUGUUCUGCUAAAACAAAUAACAUUGCACAGGUAUGGAAAUGGUAUGGGAGAGAGGCGGAAUUCUGCAUUCAACUUCAGAACUAGGAUACUUUUCCAAGGCAGAGCGUGCUCUUGAAGGGGAGAGGUUUUUUUUAGCCAAAAGAUUGCUGAGGAAGAAUGUUUAGUUUGACAGGCCUAGUUCUCGCUUCCUUAGUUCACUUUCUUUGUACAGACUUGCCAAAUUGUGACGUCUAGCAUAGCACUGGCAAAAGCAAUUAUCUUAUCAGUGCCGGGAUUAAUGUACAUUUCAGCACUGCCUGUGAGCCCUGAGGCACCCAUUUUUAUGGUUUAAACAUGGUGCUAGCUCCUAUCUGCACAAACAGUGAAUUUGUCAUGCACCCAGAAGUAACCACCUAUUUAAAGUGUGCACACUUGGAUACAGUUGAUUCAUGCCAAUACAAGAGACUCAGUGUUUUAAGAGUUCAACUUAAAUUAUUUAGCUCUAUUUGGACAUUCACUUUUAGCCGAUUCAGUGCAAGAUCCCUCUCCUUUUCACUAUCAACUUCUGGGAGAAUGAUCACUCUGGGUAUGAAUGAAGUUGUGGUAGGGACGAUUUUUAAAUUGGCUGUUAACAAGCCAACAUUGUAAUGUGGGUUUGAUUCCAAACCAAAAUGAAUGUAUUAAUGGGACGUGAGUAAAUUAUUUUGUUAAUACCCAGAUAACUAGUGCUGCAUCAAAUGAUUUGCUUUCAUUUUUUAUUACAGUGACUUAAAAUAACCUAAGUAUUUUAAUACAACCAGUCAAGAACUAGAGAUUUUAUGUAAAAACAAAAAAAGAAAAUAAAAAUAAAACACAGCAUGUAUUAUUAUGCACUUGAUUUCUCUGCUGUGUGGAGAAAGCAAUAAGCAUUGAAAAUGUUAAACAUUAUGCAAAAUAUACUUUAAAAUAUUUGUUUUAAAAAUACUGUACCUAGUUGGUCUUUUAUGCAUUACUUUGUUAACCUUUUUUCUAUGCAAAAGUCUUUACAUAUCACUAAUUAAAUGAAGUCCUUUUUGACUGCG